AUGUGUUUUGGGGGACACCCAGAUGAAAACCACAUUUAUGAGAAAAGUAAAUCUAGGACCUUCUUGCUGUGCAGAGAGUGUCUUCCUGAGGAGUGGUUCUGUGGAGACUGUGAUGUAUUGCAUCACAAAAAACAGCCACUCCACAACAGAGAAUGUGUGAUUCAUGGGUUUUUUGAAGCCAUACCUCCAACUUUAUGCGUCAUUAAAGGGCGAGAUGGAUAUUGCAUCCAUGAGCAAGCUUGCAUUUUGCCAACAGUGAAGGCGCCAGACUGCUCCUGUGAAGGCACAAACUUCACCAUAUUACUCACCAAACUAGUGAUUUUAAUUACCAUCAAUGGGCGUUUUGAUUUGCAUCAGCCACUACAUGUAUGUCAAACGUGCCAGCAUCAGUGGACCCCUGACUUCAAGGACCUCCUUAGGAGUGGAUAUUGGCCAGCCUCUGUCACCAGUUCCACAGUUUAUACACUGGACCUCCUGAACACCUUUCAGGAACUCAAGGUCAUCUCUCCAGGAUUCUCCAGACAAGCCUUCGCAAAGCUGCUGGAGCAUCGCACUAAGAUUGGAGGAAGAUCUGGACAAAUCAACGGCGAUACACUACAGCGCAGCUUCUUAGAGUUUUCAUAUGCUUCAUUUGAGGAAGACCAGCUCUGCUGUGGUGCUCCUUUCACCUGCCCAGCCUGCACGCCAGAAAUGUUGGCUGUUUCAGCCGAUGGAAACAGAAAGCUAUAUUGCUUUCGCCGAGACACAAGCUCUGAUGAUCCUGCCUUUUUUGAGGGGCUCUUUGUGGCUGAAGAUGUUGCGGCGUCUAGAUUUGUGGAAACCAUACAGAAAGCAGUGAGAAAUACACAGGGAAAAGGCACAUGUGGGGACUUCCAGUGGACAGCAGCGAGGGAGACAUCAAGGAGGGCUUCCAAAUUGGAUGAAGAGGGGAUGGAGGUUGCAGUGUGUCGCCACGGAUUCCUUCUGAAAGCUCUUAAUAUGUACAGGGGGGAGAUAUUUGCCUACCCUCUGUAUCUUCAGAAGGAGCUCAUGCCUGCCAAGGCACAAUUCUUUGCAAUGGAUGUGGCUUGCAAAUAUUGGCCAUAGUUUGUUGUUUUCUAGUCUGUGUUCCCAGUAUUUACCCGUCUCACUGUUCGGACUCUGUUUAUUCCCUUGCCUGGAUUAUAGCCUGUGUACCUAGAUUAUCUCUCUGCCUUGCCCUUUUGGAUACUGUUCGCCCAUCGUCGACCUUCGCUUGCCCUAGGAUUACUCUUUGUCUUGUCCCUGCCAUACCUGUUUGCCAUUGUUUCGACUCUGCC